UCAGAGGUGUGUGUGUGCAGAGGAGUGGUGCAGAAUGUCAACUGUUUGUUUUUCUCUCCGCCGGAGUCCUUUUGUUUCUAAAAAGACGACAGUAGUUUUCAGCAAGGAGCCCAGGCGAGGCUCACUGCCUAACUGAGGGGGAAAGACGCACUGAAUGCUGCUCGGUCUGGGGUAGUCAAGGGGACACACACAAGGAGAGGGGGAUAAAGGAGCGCGAAAGAGAGAGAGAGAGCGAGAGAGAGAAGAGGAACAAGAGGAGGAGGAAGAGGAGGACGCGAUGGCCACCCUCUUGAUGCGUAUCUUCCGCCUGGGAGCAGAGAAGAAGCGCGUGAAGCAGUAUGAGAACCUGCAGAGGGACACGGACCCCAGCGAGGCCUGGGAGACCCUCGGGGAGCUGGGAGACGGAGCCUUCGGGAAGGUGUACAAGGCCCACAACAGGUCAACCGGGGCCCUGGCCGCCACCAAGGUCAUCGAGGUGCGCAACGAGGAACAGCUGGAGGACUACAUCACCGAGAUCGACAUUCUGGCACAGUGUCGCCACGGCAACAUCAUCUCACUGCUGGAGGCCUUUUUCUUCGACGGCUGGCUCUGGAUCCUUAUUGAGUUCUGUCCAGGGGGAGCUUUAGAUGACAUCAUGCUGGAGCUGGAGAGGGGUCUGAAUGAGCAGCAGAUCGGCGAGGUGUGUUGCCAGUCCCUGCAGGCUCUCUCGUACCUGCACCAGCACCACAUCAUCCACCGGGACCUCAAGGCCGGCAACAUCCUGAUGACUAUGGAAGGACAAGUCAAACUGGCUGAUUUCGGCGUGUCCGCGAAGAAUGACUAUUCUCUCCAGAGGCGCGCCACCUUCAUCGGCACACCUUACUGGAUGGCCCCGGAGGUGAUCCACUGCGAGACGUCGAAGGAGAACCCCUACACCACCAAGGCUGACAUCUGGUCCCUGGGCAUCACGCUGAUCGAGGCGGCCGAGAUGGUGCCCCCCCACCACUCCCUCAACCCCAUGAGAGUCCUGCUGAAGAUCACCAAGUCAUCGCCGCCCACCCUCAGCAACCCACGCCUCUGGUCGUCCCACUUCCAGGACUUCCUGCGCCGGGCACUGCAGAAGAACCCCGAGUCUCGCUGGGGCGCCCCUCAGCUGCAAUCACACCCCUUCCCCUGCGCCGGCCGAGAGGGGCGCGCCCUCAAGGAUCUCAUCGCAGAAGCCAAGGCGGAGGUCACAGAGGAGAUCGAGGCCGAGUCUCUGCUGGAUAUCCAUCGUGCCGUAGAGGGAAGCACUGACCAGGACAAGAGACCGUCUCUCUCAGGAGACAAGACUGAGGACAUAGUGGUGGUCAAGGGAACCCCUCAAGACAUCCCAACACCCAACACGCCCUCGGCCUCUGAGCCUCCAGCCCAGGAGUCACCAGCUGUGGAACCUCCUUCUGCUCUCCAAUCUUCCACUGUAGAAUCUCCAACCUUGGAAUCACCUCGAGUGGAACCGUCCGCCGCACAGAAUUCAGUUCAGGACGUUGGCACGGUUGGCACAUCCAGGAAGAGUUCAUUGGCGGUGGAGAAGUCCCAGAAGCGGGCGAGACGUCUGUCAGUGCCAGGGAACCUUCUCUCCUUCCUGUCCCGACGCAAGUCAGGGUUCUGGAGCGAGAAUCCCCUCUCUACCGGGGGGGGGAAACAGCGCCCCCCCAAAACCAACCUGGAGGAUACCUCCUCAGAACCGGUCGCGCUGGCAGCGACCAAACCCGUCGAGGAGGCGUUCGCUUUUAGAAUGAUGCCAGCGGACGGCAACUUGGAGGGCAAAGAGGGCAUGGUCACAGUUUCUGGUGACACGUCAGAGAAAAUGGCUGCCGCGGUGAGUUUGGAGGAGGUGCGGAGUGGUGCAACCGCUGAAGAAGAGGCAGAUCAGCCUCUUCCAUCCGUCACGCAUCCUCUUCCAUCCGACACGGAUCCUCCUGCAUCAGACACACAGCCUCUUCCAUCAGACACGCAUCCUCUUCCAUCAGCCAUGCAUCCUGCUGCAUCAGACACGGAUCCUCUUGCAUCUGACAUGGAUCCUCUUGCAUCCGACACGCAUCCACCUUCAUCCGACACACAGAGGUGUGAAGCCGAAACACUAGUCACUGUGGACACAGACGCGCCCAUUCCUGUUACGACGAUAAAAACCUUAGACAAUGGUGGUGUCCACGCCAUAGACACUCAGGAAGUGAUGCAACCCCGGUUAUCUGUGCAGGACCACUCUGGAACACCCACACUGACAUCACAGCCAAUCAGCAGCAGCAGCGAUUCCUCUGUGACCACAGCUCCGACAGAGUGUGUACACAGUCGCCUGGUUCUGGCUCUCGCCCUGGACAAACCCCGUUCGGUUCCAACACACACUCGCGUAAGACCAACUGUGAGGGACUACUUAGACCUAGCCUCCACCCUGAGAUUGGACUGCUGUAGCCCCGACACCAAAGCCAUAAACAAGCGUCCCAUGCUAGUUGACCUCACGCCAAACGCUACUGAAGAUGAGGAGAAGCUGGGUGAAGAGGAAGAUGAGGAGAAGCUGGGUGAAGAGGAAGGACAGAAGCUGGGUGAAGAGGAAGGACAGACAGGUGGACCUCCAACAGGAAGUGAGGUGAGAGUGGAGGGUGAGAGACAUGGUCAGGCGGAGGGUGAAGAUGCCGCAGGUGAGAGAGUGGAGGAGGAGGGAGAGUCUGGGGAGGAUGUGGGUGAGAAUCCAGAAACUUCCAUUGAGCCCAAGGUCAUUGAGCCCAAGGUCAUUGAGCCCAAGGUCACUGAGUCCAAGGUCACUGAGCCUGAGGAGCCCUCAGCUAGUGUUGGUGAACCCAUAUCACCGCCAGAGGACACGACAGACGCUGGGACGCCCAUAUCAGCGCCAGAGGACACGAGAGACGCUGGGACGUCAGUAGAAGCAGACACUGAAGCGUCCAGUAAGCAGGUUUCCUCAGAUGGAGGGUCUGUUGAAAAAGAGGGCCAGGAGGGAGACGAGCGUCCACAGGAGCCUGAGACAGGGAGACAGGCUGCGGUGUCAGGCAGCGCCCAUGAGGUCUGUGAGGUCCCUGAGAAAGACCUUGAUCAGUGUGAGCGUUCACCAUCAGAGGUAACGGAUACCGGAGAGAGACAGGAUGAAGAGAAGAUGGGAGAGGAAGAGGUUGAAGAAUCUCAAAAUCAAAGCGGUAAGGAAGAGGGAAUUAUUGACAAAACCUCGGGGGAGAAAGAUGAUGAAGGCUUGGAGAAGGAGGAGGGGGAACAAGAAGAAGAACGAGAGAAGGCGAAAGGAGGAGAAACAGCGGAGGAGCUAAGAGAGGUUAGUGAGGUUCCUUCUGAAGAGAGCUCGGAGAGACCUCCACUGAAAUGGUCCAAGAAGGUGAGCUUUGAGGUGACGGCAGGCCCACAGAGAGGUGGGGAGCUGGGGAACGAGUCUUCUGAUAGGACACUGCUGAACGGGAGCACCUCUGAACCCCUCCCCUCGUCGGCCAAUGGAAGCUCCCACCACAUGGACCAGGGGCAGCCCCCAAACGGCAGCACUGAGGGCCACAGCAGGCCCCCAAACGCCACCACUGAGGGCCACAGCAGUGCUUCUGACCGAGAGAACACGCCUACAUCUCCAGGACCUGAGGGGGAGCUGGUUCCUAAUCGGCGGACGGUGAAGAAGACCCGAAAGUUCAUGGUGGACGGCCGAGAGGUCAGCGUCACGACCUCUAAGGUCAUCAGUGGAGAAGACAACAAAGAGGAGCAGAUGCGAUCCGUCAGACGCCAGGAGCUGCACGCCCUGAAACUGUUGCAGAGAGAGGAACAGAGGGAGUACACACAGCUGGAGCAGCGGCUGCAGCAUCAGAGAGAGCUCAUGUUCCGCCACAUCGAGCAGGAGAUGACCAGCAAGAAGCAGUACUACGACGGGGAGCUGGAGCGGGUGGAGCGGCAGUGGCAGCAGCAGAGCGGGCGCAUGGAGACGGAACACACGGCCCGGCUGACAGAGGAGGCGCGCAGACUCAAAGCCCAGCAGGAGAAGGCAGCGAGAGGAGGCAGCAAGAUGGAGCCCAAGGAGGAGCAGCGCUUCCUCCAGAAGCAGCAGCAGGAGUUAAACGAGGCCCUGCAGAAAGCCGUACAGGAGCACAAGAGGAAGCUCACCUCCUUCGAGUGGGAGAUCACCGACAAAAUCAGGCAGCUGAAACGAGCUCGGGAGUCGGUCAUCUGGGAACUGGAACAGCGCCACCUUCAGGAGAAGUACCACUUGUUCAAGCAGCAGGUCAAGGAGCAGUUCUCCCUCCAGCGACAGCAGCUCACCAAGAGGCACAACAAGGAUAAGGAACGUGCCGCUCGGUUCCACCAGACCCUCCUGGACGAGCAGAGGGCCCAGCAGACCCAGGAGCGGGCUCGGUACCAGCGGGGUCAGCGGGGCGAGGCCAAGACCCGGCUCAGCAGCUUCAAAGUGGAGCUGAGGAAAGAGGGCCUGAACGGGGCCGAGCACAGACAGCGCCUCACGCAGUUCCUGGCGGAGGAGGAGAGGCAGCAGCGUCAGGAGCGGCAGGCCCUGGUCCAGAGUCAGGAGGCGCAGCUGAAGGAGGUGCAGGACCAGUGUGACGCCAACAUCACAGAGCUGCAGCAGCUCCAGAAUGAGAAGCUGCAGCUCCUGCUGGACAUGGAGAGGAAGAAGAUCAAGGGUCUGGAGGACGAGCACACGCUGGAGCUGGACGAGUGGAGGAAGAAGCUGGCCUGCAGGAAAGAGGCAUUAGAGGAAGACCUGGCUCGCCGCCGCAGAGAAAAAGAAGGAGGCCGAAGACGAGGCAGUGAACCCGAGAACAGAUUUGGACCCCGGCGACCAAAGUUCUUCCCCAGUCUCAGUUUUUCUUAAUCCAAGACUAUAUUGAAGUCUACCUACAGAAGCCUUUGACACACACACACACACACAUGCACGCACACACAGGUAUACACUCACAACACAACAAAAAAAAAACACACAACAAAAUUAAGCAGUAUAUGUAAAUAAAUAUUUUGUUUUAUGAAGCUUUAUUGUGAAUGGGAUUUUUAUUUGGAAGUGAAUUGACCAAGUACGCACCACUUGUGUCGUCUAUAAACAACUAGUGGGUAGAUACAUCAACCAUCGUGACGCAUUUGACCAGAGGAAGGGUAUAUUCUAGUGAAACCACGCCCAGACCGAACAGGGGCAAUAACACGCACAGUGCAAUCGCAUCGCUGGAAACAUCGGAUAACCCUCGUUAUACCCUUCGUUAUAAGGUAGGUCCGGGACAAUACCCUUCGUGACCUAACUUUGCUGUCGUUAUUCUGAAAAAAAUAAAAUUGUGAUAGACUACGUAAUGAUCAUGGUAGCUCCCGUUGACCAUCCUUAGCUAUAUCAUUUUAUAUAUGUGUGCGUAGGGAAGACCUGAGCAAACGAUGUACAUUUUAAGAUCAUUCGUUCCCGUAUUUGAAUAGUUUCGAGGUACGGUUUACAUUUUUCUCACUGCCUAAACAUAGAGUUGAGCUAAAGGUUGAGCUGUCCGAGGAAUACGUUGUGGAAAAAUGUAUGCCGGAUCGGAUGAAUAGCGGCGUCUCGCCUUAUUCCUGAGUGCAUCGGAGCGCCAUCUUAUGAUCGGCCGGUAGUCAGUGCCAGCCAGGGCCAUUGUGCGUGUUUUUACUUAACUUCACAUUCAUAUUGUGAUGGUACUGAUACAUAUGAAGCAAAUAAAUAGCCCAGCCUACAAGUGGGAUUUGUCAUCUGUUGUCACACAGAGUGGCAUCAUCAGUAGUUAGCCUACAGUGUUGACUAGGCUACGAUAGCCUAUGAUCUAAUGUUAUUCCACUGAUUGCACUUAGUGUAGUGUGCGUUUCCAUUUCAUCUCUGUCAUCCCUGAAAAUCAUCAUCAUCAUCGUCAUUACCAUCGUCACCAUAUUAUUUAAAAUAUAGUUAUUAACAACAACAACAACUACUACUACUACUACAGCAGGAGAGGCAACAACAGUAAUAAUUAUAACGCAUUCUCUUUCUGCGAGCAUGCAGUGGGACAUAUCCUAUGCAGUAGUCAGUCCAACAGCGGGGCCAGUAUGCUAAUGGAGGGUGUUAAAGCCAUUACAGGUCGAAUCAAUACCCUUUUAACCAUUCAGCUAAACUAUGAUCUUAUUGUCCACAGUCAUUUCAGGCUCCAAGUUGUACGUACAUAGUUGCAGUGUUUGGUGUGGUGUGAUACUGUGUGUUGGUUAGGAGUGACACACUGACGAUGGCUUAGGCCGAAAAGUGUCUGUGGAUAAACUG